AUAUACACGCCCUCCACCCCCAUCGCUGCAGUGUCUCAACUGCCUUGGAGCAAACAAGAGAGGAUAUAGAACGCAGACAUUCGUAAGACAGCAAAAGAGGGGCGCUGAAGGAGAGAUGUACGUGUGCGUGGGCUUUGUGUGUGCGCGUGUGAGACCCUCUGCAUAUGAGGAAGAAAUGAAGAUGAAGCAGCAGGACUAAAGGUGGAUUGCACACAGCCUUUCUCUCCCUGCAAGGGCUUGUCUGCAGUAUCCUUUGUAAAUGGAUGCUGGCUUGUGAACACGACUCAGAGGCCUUGAGUUGUCUGGGAGAUAUCACACCGCAGAAGAACCAGAAAAUAUUUUCUCUGGAAAAUCAAGUGAAACAGGCCAAAUAUCGAACUGAAGUGGAUGGUUGCAGAAGCCAAACAAGGGCAACGCAGCGCAAGAGCCAUGUGGGAGGAGAGUGAGGGGGGUUUGCUCUUCACACAAAUCAAGUCCAAACACGUUCUCUACUGACAUUUGAACAUUCACCAGCCCUCCUCCAGAGCCUUUCCUCAGGGGGAGCCCCUGCUAUGAACCCCAGCUCCCUUGAAUUGAGCAGGCAGUCCAACCUCAGUGCCAGGCGCUGUGUUGGCAUCCUACAAGUCUGGGUCCUGCCCACACGGUACUCACAGACUGCCCCUGAACAAAAAGAAUGAAAUACUCCUGAGUCACUUCUCUGUAUGGUGACUCUCCUGUCUAGUGUUAAAUUGGUCUGUUGUGAGGUUUGGUCUGACUCUUGCCCAGCAAGCUCCUAUCUUUAUCAAAAACCCUCUCCAACUCUUCCACCAGCUCCACAACUUCAUCAUAACUUGAUUUCACAUCAAGCAGCAGCACGAGUUCCUUUGUGCUCACCACGUGGUGGAGGACCAUGGGAUGCCGCCAGAGCUCGGAGGAGAAGGAGGCCGCGCGACGCUCACGGCGAAUUGACCGCCACUUGCGUUCAGAGAGUCAACGGCAGCGGCGUGAGAUCAAGCUACUGUUGCUGGGAACCAGCAACUCGGGCAAGAGCACCAUCGUCAAACAGAUGAAGAUCAUCCACAGUGGAGGCUUUAACCUAGAGGCAUGCAAGGAGUACAAGCCCCUCAUUUUGUACAAUGCCAUCGACUCUCUCACUCGCAUUAUCCGGGCCCUCACCACCCUCAAGAUUGACUUUCACAAUCCUGACCGGGCCUACGAUGCUGUGCAGCUCUUUGCCCUCACAGGGCCAGCUGAGAGCAAGGGGGAGAUCACUCCAGAGUUGCAGGGGGUCAUGAAGCGUCUGUGGGCUGACUCAGGGGUCCAGGAGUGCUUUCAACGAUCCAAUGAGUACCACUUAGAGGACAACACUGCCUACUACCUGAAUGACCUGGACCGCAUCUCUGCACUUGAGUACAUCCCAACUGUUGAGGAUAUCCUACGAUCCCGCGACAUGACCACCGGCAUUGUGGAGAACAAGUUCACCUUCAAGGAGCUCACCUUCAAGAUGGUAGAUGUGGGUGGGCAGCGUUCAGAGAGAAAGAAGUGGAUCCACUGUUUUGAGGGCGUGACUGCAAUCAUUUUCUGUGUCGAGCUAAGUGGCUAUGACCUCAAACUCUACGAGGACAACCAGACGAGCCGCAUGGCCGAGAGCUUGCGCCUGUUCGACUCCAUCUGCAACAACAACUGGUUCACCAACACGUCGCUCAUCCUCUUCCUCAACAAGAAGGACUUGUUGGCUGAGAAGAUCAAACGCAUUCCUCUGACAGUGUGCUUCCCUGACUACAAAGGUCAGAACACCUAUGAGGAGGCGGCGGUCUACGUGCAACGGCAGUUUGAGGACCUCAACCGCAACAAGGAGACCAAGGAGAUCUAUUCGCACUUCACCUGUGCCACCGACACCAGCAACAUCCAGUUUGUGUUCGACGCUGUCACGGACGUGAUCAUCCAGAACAAUCUCAAGUACAUCGGGCUGUGCUAGGACCUGACGCUGGGUGUGGG